CGGAGCGUACCCCCCUGUGCUUUACCGUACCGAAUGCUUUCACCGGCUGGACCGCUGACGUCACAGCCAAUCGCUUCGCCAGCCGCCGCUGCAUUGUGCGCAUGCGCAGUCGACGGUGCUGAUUUUUCUGCGGUGUUAUCGAACGCCAUCUUGCACUUUUAAUUGGUAUUUAGACGCUUACGUUCAUCUUUGUCGGUGCCUGGGCGUCCGAAAUUCAGAGCCCAUUGGCCGCAGUUUCGAGCUGAAUUUCGUCACGGCACUCUACUCUGCCUCCUCCUCCCGUCCGUGUUCACCCUCUGCUCUCCCUGUUACGGCCCAGUCACUCUCUGCCUCUCUCCCAAAGCACCAUCAACCCUAUCUGCCACCUUCUCUCCCCAUCCGCUGUCCUCUGCCGGCCUCCCUCUGCCCCGACCGACCGACCGACCGCCGAUGAGGAGUCCCCCCGCCGGCAUGGCCGCCAGCUGAGCGCGCCACCACCGUCGCCGCCGCGUCAUGUCGUCGCUGCGACCGUCUCCGCUGAUGACCGUACCGGAGACACUCAUCGCUGACCAUGCCGCUCCACCUGCCAAAGUCAAUAAGGAGUCCUCACGGACGAGGCCGGACUCUGAGCCGCACAUUGGCAAGUACCAGCUGCUCAAGACCAUCGGCAAGGGCAACUUUGCCAAGGUCAAGCUGGCCAAGCACUUGCCGACCGGCGAGGAGGUGGCCAUUAAGAUAAUUGACAAGACGCAGAUGAACCCCGGCAGUCUACAAAAGCUGUUUCGGGAAGUGCGGAUAAUGAAGAUGCUCGAUCAUCCAAACAUCGUGAAACUGUACCAGGUGAUCGAGACCAAGAAGACGCUCUACCUGGUAAUGGAGUACGCCUCGGGCGGCGAGGUGUUUGACUACCUCGUCUUCCACGGACGCAUGAAGGAGAAGGAGGCGCGACUCAAGUUCCGGCAGAUCGUCUCCGCCGUCCAGUACUGCCACUCCAAACGGAUAAUACACAGGGACCUGAAGGCGGAAAAUCUGCUACUAGACAGUCAAAUGAAUAUCAAAAUAGCCGAUUUCGGCUUUAGUAACGAAUUUACCGUGGGCAGCAAGCUGGACACGUUCUGCGGCAGCCCGCCGUACGCCGCACCGGAGCUCUUCCAAGGUAAGAAGUACGACGGCCCGGAGGUGGACGUCUGGUCCCUGGGAGUGAUCCUCUACACAUUGGUCAGCGGCUCACUGCCCUUCGACGGCUCCAACCUCAAGGACCUGCGCGAGCGGGUGCUGCGCGGCAAGUACCGCAUCCCGUUCUACAUGUCCACCGACUGCGAGAACCUCCUCAGGAAGUUCCUGGUGCUGAACCCGACCAAACGGGCCAGUCUGGAGCAGGCCAUCAUGCGGGACAAAUGGAUGAACUCUGGCUGCAAUGAGGAGGAGCUGAAGCCCUACGUGGAGCCCGAACACUGCAUGGACGACCCGCGAAGGAUAGAGCAGCUUGUCGGCAUGGGCUACGCGAGAUCAGAUGUCGAAACCAGUCUCAAGGAGGGCAAGUUUGACGAUAUCUAUGCUACCUACCUGCUGAUGAGCCGGCGAGCAGCUGAUCUCGAGUCUGACGGCUCACAGUCUGGCUCGUCCCUCUCGCUGCGACACAUGGGUCCGGGCGCGCCCACGCCGCCGCCCACCAGCCUCCAGUCGCCGCCCCACAACAAGGUGCACCGGUCCAUCUCGGCCACCACCAACAGCAAGCCCAACCGGCGCGCAUCCUCGGGCGUGAGCACCACGUCAACACGACCGGCAGCGUUAGCCAACAUCAACAACUUCAAGCGGCAGAACACCAUCGACUCUGCCACCAUCAAGGCCAACACGGCCAGGAUCAGUAUGGGCAGCCGGCAGGCGGGCGGCGCCGUCUCGUCCGCGGUCGCGCCGCCGUCCGCCGCUGCCGGAGAGUCCGGCAAACCGGCGCACUGGUCGGCCAAGUCGGCCGUCAAGACCACCCCUCUGAGGUCAGCCGGCUCGGCGGCAGCGCGCACCGUCGGCCCGGCGGCCGGCGCCGACGCGCUACGGGCGGCACAGGACGGCACGGCGUUCGCAGAUUUGAAGUUGAACUCGGAAGAGUCGUCAGCUAAGGCGACGGCCGAUGGGGACGCCGGUCGGGGAUCGAACGUGCGGUCUGUGCGACUCGACUCGGCGGAGGAGGUCUCCGCGGAACCCAAGACGCCGAGCUCGGCCAAGAAGGAUUCGACGAGCUCGGCGCCGCCGACUAACCGCACACCUACCAGCACGGCGUCUCUGACGGCGACGGGCACCGCCCCCGCCACCACCGCCGCCCCCGCCCCCGCCCCGACCGCCGCCGCCGCCGCCGCCGCGUCGCCCGGCUCCCUGCCGCGACCGGUCAAGGUCAAGUCGAGCUCAGUGUCGUCGGCGCAGGGCUCGGCGCCGCGUCCCUCCUCAGAGCUGCGGCCCAGCAGCGCCGGCCGCGCCACUGCGCCGCUCUCGGCGGCGGCCCGGACGGCCGGUCGCGGUGAUCCGGCCUUCAGUCGCAACAUUCCCAGCCGCUCGACGUUCCACUCCGGCCAGACUCGCUCGCCGGGCUACCGACCCGCCGGCGUCGGCGGGCCGCACGACGCCAGUCGCACCUCGUUCUUCUCAAAACUGUCGUCAAAGUUCGCCAAACGCCCGCCCUCUCUGUCGCGGGACGAGCGACCCGUGUCGGCCAGCCCUGCCGCCGGCACCGUCAAGCGGGACACGCCGGCCACCGCGGCGCGCAAGUCGGGCAGUCUGCGACGGGACGAGAAGCCGCCGUCGGCCGGUCUGGCGCUGCGCCGAUCGGGCAGCGCCGCCGGCGGCUCGUCGAAAGCGGCCGCCGCCCGCGCCGCAGCCAUCGCCGCCGCCGCCGCGGCUGCCUCGUCCAACUCGGCCAAGCCGGGAGACAUGGCCCCGCUCACCCCCGGCCGCACACGACCCGCCACUGACGGGCCGGGGGACACGCCAGCUCCGACGCCCUCCCGACCAGCCGCUGACCGGCCGGUGAUGACGACCCCGAUGACGGCGUCCAACGGUGAGGCGGAGCCGGUGAAACCGCGCAGCCUGCGCUUCACCUGGAGCAUGAAGACCACCUCGUCCCGCGACCCGCAGGAGAUUAUGGACGAGAUCAGGAAGGUGCUGGACGCAAACAACUGUGACUACGACCAGCGCGAGAAGUUCCUGCUGCUCUGCGUGCACGGCGACCCGCGCACCGACUCGCUGGUCCAGUGGGAGAUCGAGGUCUGCAAGCUGCCGCGCCUCUCGCUCAACGGCGUCCGCUUCAAACGCAUCUCGGGCACCUCGAUCGGCUUCAAGAACAUUGCCAGCAAGGUGGCCAACGAGCUGAAACUGUGACCCGAGGCCGGCCCGGCGCCGGAGUCGGAGCCGGAGUCCGACCCGCAGGCGCAGUUCGAGGCGGCCGCCGAGCUGCCGGCAGCGGCCGGCGGCGCGCGGUGCCGGUGCCGGCCGGAGCCGCCGCCGCCGCGCCGCCGUCAUCCCGCCUGCUGAGCUCCGCGGCGAGAUAGCGAGAGAGAAAGCGAGAGCGAUGGAGUGCGUGUGUGUGAGGGAAAGAGAGAGUGAAAGAGGCGUGCGUCGCCGUUGUUUUCCUUUUAUAUCAUUGUUACGUCUAUGCGCGCGCGCUCGGGCGGCGGAGUGGCCUGCGCCUGUGGUCCGCGGCAGCCCGACCGGCCCGGCGCCCACCGCAGACAAUCGACACGCGACAGCUGUGAUCGCCCCCCACACGUGGACCCCAGAGUGCGCGGGAGGAACGGGAGGGAGGGCCCCGAGUGACUGGCACAGAGGUGGUACGAGUAUGCUCCGUAGGUGGCCUAUCCACCAGUUGGGCCGCGUAUUCGGCGGCCGCGCGCUAAUUCUAACAUUUUGUGGAUGUAUUUAUUAGUAUUGGGCGCCGCGAACCGACCGGCCCUGCGUCGCCGGUCGGCCGGCCGGCGCCGUCUGUUGAGAUACGUUUAUCAUAUUCAUCGCGGUCGCCGCUGGGCGCGAGGCUCCGGCGGCGGCCGCCCCCGCCCCCGCCCCCGCCGCGGGCGGGCGGGCGGGCGGACGCUCGGUCGUCUGUUUUUAUGGAGUGGACAGUGGAGAGUGCCGUUUGCACAAGGCCGGGCGGCGCGCGUAUCUGUACAUAGGAGCGAUGUGGUGCUGACUGGGCCGCCGGCCGCUGGGUCGGCGCCUGUGUGAUAUGUGUGCGCCGCGCCGGCGGUCAGAAAGGCCGACCGACACAGAGAGAAAGAACGAGAAAGAGCGCGACCGAUUCCAAACUAAACCCGACUAUAGUGUUGCGCGAUUGGUCAACGAGUAGUACGGUCGCGUGACACGCUCGGGUUUCGUUACAUCUCUCUGUACAGAAUGCUAAUAGCUCUAAAAAUACAUGUGAUAAAAGGAC